GUGGAUUCCAAGUUUGGACGCGCGCGCCCACAAUGCCGGAAGCCGGCCAUCACGAUUUUCAAGUACCGCUCAUCCCCCCCCUCCGCCCCUCGAUCAAAUCCUAGACUAACGAUUCAUAUUAAGGCGCUUUCAAGCUGGCCCUCGCAAGUAAGCCCUGCUUUUAAUCGUCGGACCACGAAUCUCUUAUCCAUCUCGUUCCUUAAAGAAGCAACGCAGUGCGACAAAAAGAAUACCGUCGUACCCGUGUAGAUCCUGAUCAGGUCCUUUACUACGACUUGGCUUCUGGGAGCCUCGAUGUACGCUCAGUCGGGACAAUUUACGGGAAAAAAAACCUCUAUCGAGAUGCUAGUAACCCUAGCAAUGUGAACGAGGUAGAAGAGAAGCUCUCUUUACUGGAAAGAAAGGCGGCGUUGAUCAUCGAAAAUCUUCAUUCCGAGCUUGCGCGAGGGAAAAUAACUCUAAAACGCAGAGAUGUCGAUGACUUGAGGAAGUUCAUGUUCGUGUUACACUAUCGUAACAUGGGCAACGAGUCCUUAUACGAUCCCAACCUUUCGCCCAGCAUAAAGCAAUGGUUGAUCCGGUAUCAAACCGAGCAUCAGUGCCAGACACACGUCGAUGUAUGGCUGCGCGUCAUGCGCUACUAUCUGGACACGCCUCACUCCCAGAUCGUAGAUGAUGCCCAUGCAGAUUUCAAGAAGUACGGCUACGAGGAAGUUUUAAGACAGAUUGUGACCGAGAUUGACCCCAUUAUGGAAAAUUUAGAAGCUAUUGCGUAUCAGCGUCAAGCUGAAGGCCACUUUUUAUGCAUAUGGGAGGCUGAAGCCACAUCGGAGUUCAUCUUGACUGACAGGGUAUCCGGAUUGUGGGAGGGGAUGACGCCCGUGCUGGAGACGAUUCAUCGCAUUUUUGUCAUCAGUCCCCGGAUUGCACUCGUACUGCGCAGUAACAACCUUCCUCUGUACGAGUCUGGGGCUCCGAUGAUGAGCACUCUGCUGGCAGUCCCCCAAGAAAAACCUACAUCUCGACUCGUGAACGGAGAAACUGGCAUCAGGCUCUCCGACGAGAAUGACAUAUCAGAAAUGAACCGUCACAGAUCCCCCGAUGAUGUCUUCACUUUCAAUGUCACGAAACUCACUUUGGAUCAAACGGACGCUUUUAAUGUUGUUAUCCUGCAGCGCACGAAAUCUGACGGAGGCAUCACGUUUUUGGGGAGAGAGCGCAUGUUGCGCACACUUCGCGUGUUCUGGAAUAACUCACUACACAGAUUUAUUCGCCAAAAAUAUGCCUCGCUCAUGUGCCAUCUAUCCAUCAUACCACAUCCGCUCUCCCAUGGAUCCGCAUUCCCAUCACUUGAACCUGUGGACACCGAACUUUACGUUGCGCUCAUGGGAAUUGUUCUGUACCGGAAUAAAUUUGUUUCCGGAUACGAUCGGGCCCUAUCCAUUUAUCGACUCUUGCAGAAAACAUCUCAUCGUCAGACAUGCCUUUUCGUGACAGAGCACAUAUAUAAUGUCUCUGUCUUCAUGGAAAGCUGCAGAAAUCAUUUCUCAGGUCCCACACAUGAUAAUCAUUCAUUUCGGCUCAAAACAUCCUUACCGUCAGGAUUGUCACUGAGAAUAUUUACUAUUUUGGAGAAAUUUGUUUCUACAACAUUGGGUGCGAAGAUGGAUUUCGAUGACGAUGUUCUUGGGAAGCUGGGAAAAGAGGUUGCUUUACUUGCUUUGCUUGACUGGAUCGGUGUUGAGAUGCCCAUGAUUUUGGUAAAUGGUAUGUCCGAGUCGGUGAUGGAUAUUUUAACAGUGAAGGAAGUUUUCGAUUUUGCUUAAUCCAUAAUGAACCUAUAUAGGGCAUGUACAUUUAUCCAUUUGCGCAAUGAGGAUUCGUGUGUGUAAAAGUACAGACCAUA